UGAGUAUUUUUUCAAACAUUUGUGAUAAUUUACAAUUGAAUCAUUCAUGAUAACACCAAAAAUUAAACUUUGUUCGUGUACAGAUUAGAUUUGAAUUUUGGUCAAUGUUUAACAUUCGACCGUUUAACAUUGUAACACACAGAGCCCCGAAGCGACUGAUGCAACGUGCAAUAUAUCAGUUAAUCACAUAUUGACCUAUCACUUUAAAAACGUUGUUACAAUUGUAAUUGAGAAAUCGAUCGUAUGCUGUGAAAAAAUGCGAUUACAAACCAACCUUUUGAUUGUUUCGGCACUGUUUAUACUACAAACUAGAAGCCAUUCAAAUACAGUGCAUCGAAGUUUUCGCAUUGAUUACGAAAACGAUUGUUUUUUAAAAGAUGGACAGCCGUUUCGUUUUGUUGCUGGUUCGUUUCAUUAUUUUCGAGCGUUACCAGAUACUUGGCGCCAAAAAUUGCGCACAAUGAGGGCAGCCGGUUUGAAUGCAGUCACAACGUAUGUUGAAUGGUCACUGCACAAUCCAAAACCGGAUACAUUCAUUUGGAAUGGAAUGGGUGACAUUGAACAAUUUAUACGAUUAGCUGCCGAAGAAGAUUUAUUAGUUAUUCUUCGACCCGGACCGUAUAUCUGUGCCGAAAGAGAUAUGGGUGGUUUCCCAUAUUGGCUUUUGAGACGUUAUCCAGGAAUUAAAAUGCGGACAUAUGAUACGGAUUAUCUAAAGGAAGUUCGCAUUUGGUAUAAUUCACUUUUUCCAAGAAUAACUCGUUAUUUGUAUGGAAAUGGAGGUCCAAUUAUAAUGGUACAAGUGGAGAAUGAGUAUGGAUCGUUUGCCUGUGAUAGAAACUAUUCACUCUGGUUACGAGAUGAGACGUUAUCGUUUGUUGGUGACAAAGCGGUUCUUUUUACUAAUGACGGACCGUCACAAUUGCCUUGUGGAAAAAUUGAUAACGUAUUAGCUACCUUAGACUUUGGAUCUGCAUCGCGCAAUAGUAUCGAUCAAACUUGGAGAAGACUACGUGAGUUUCAACCAAAAGGACCGCUUGUAAAUGCUGAAUAUUACCCAGGCUGGUUGACACAUUGGCAAGAGCCGUUGUCAAGGGUUGAAUCACAGCCUGUAGUUGAUUCGCUUAGAUUCAUGUUGGAUGUAGGUGCCAGUGUUAAUUUCUAUAUGUUUUUCGGUGGAACAAAUUUUGGAUUUACAGCUGGUGCAAAUGAUGGUGGUCCUGGAAAAUAUCAAGCCGAUUUAACAUCGUAUGAUUAUGAUGCUCCGAUGGAUGAAGCGGGUGAUCCAACGCCAAAAUAUAUGCUAAUUCGAGAUGCCAUAAAGGAUUAUUUACCAUUGCCAAAUAUUUCGGUGCCAGCACGUGCACCAAAAAUGACACUACCUCCCGUGCGAUUAAUACCAAAAAUGACACUUUUAUCGCCAAUUGCACGACAAAAAUUCGGUCAACCAUCAAUCCGAUCACGUAUUCCAUUAACCUUUGAACAAAUCGAUCAAAAUUCUGGUUUUGUGCUGUACGAAGCCGUUUUGCCGCCACUUAAUUUCGAUCCAUCCAUUUUUGCCAUACCAAAACUAAACGAUCGAGCUAUCGUACUUAUUGAUGAUAUGGUCGUUGGUUAUCUAUCACGAGAAAAUCUCGUAAAUGCAGUAGGUUUGAAUGCGGGAUUUUCAGGAAAAACAGUCCAAGUGUUGGUUGAGAGCCAGGGUCGUAUCAAUUACAAUGUAAUGAAUGAUUUCAAAGGGAUAAUCGGCAACGUUCAAGUGAAUAAUAUGCCUUUGUUAAAUUGGACAAUGACCGGUUUUCCGUUAGAAGAUGUUGAACAAAUUGAAGAUUUAAUUUCCGAACGCAUCGAAAACGAUAUCCUUGAAAAUUCGGGCCGAUCGACGGCAGAUUUCAGUACAGAUAUUAUGAAAAAUGGCCCUAGAAUUUUUCAUGCAACAUUCAAUAUUGAUGCAGCUGAAAUUCAUGACACAUAUAUAAAUCCAUCUGGAUGGGGAAAGGGAAUAAUAUUUAUCAAUGGCUUCAAUUUGGGCCGGUAUUGGCCACUGGUUGGACCUCAAAUUACAUUAUACCUACCAAAACAACUAUUACGGCGACGAAACAAUUUGCUAAUUCUGAUUGAACUUCAAAAAUCCGCUAACAAUGGAUAUAUCACAUUUAGUAAUUAUCAUAUUUUCAAUACAAAAAUACCUCAAGAUGACAAUUGAUGAACUCUUCACUACUGGGCAAUAAAUGUGACAAAUAAUUUAAAAGUUUUUUUUUAUUGUUAAUCAAAACGGAAAAUAAAUUGUUUAUUUGAA